GGGCGGAAGCCAUCGUCCCACAGAACAUACUAAAGGCCUGGGCAAAUCAUUAACCACCACACACAACAGGACACUGAUCUUGUCCGGUCCAGUCCAUUCGUCAGUCCCAGGGCCAGCACAGGGGGGUCGCUCCAGAGGCCAGAGCCCAUCCGGACCGGGACCCUGUGAUGUCGCACUGACUGACCCCCCUAUCUGCGAAUGACCAGCAAGCAUCUGAGGGUGGGGCCCGCCUCAGUCUCGCAUGAUUUGCUGCUGGAUGGAAUUAAGGUGAAUGGAACACAUGCCCAAGGAGCAGGACCCUAACCUAUCAGAGGGAGAAGAGAAACUGUGGAUCGAUGGCCCGAAAAGGAAAAGAAAGAACAGUUCAUGUUCGGUGAAGAGCAUGUCUGAAAUGAAUGGAUACGGACAGACUGGGUCAGAGAAUACAGGGUACAUCCCCAGCUACCUGGAGAAGGAUGAACCGUGUGUGGUGUGUGGAGACAAGGCCACUGGCUACCACUACCGCUGCAUCACCUGUGAGGGCUGCAAGGGUUUCUUUCGGCGGACAAUUCAGAAGAACCUCCACCCCGCCUACUCCUGUAAGUAUGAUGGCUGCUGCAUCAUCGACAAGAUCACCCGCAACCAGUGCCAGCUGUGCCGCUUCAAGAAGUGCAUCGCAGUGGGCAUGGCCAUGGACCUCGUCCUGGACGACUCUAAGCGGGUGGCAAAGCGGCGUCUGAUCGAGGAGAACCGGGAGAAGAGGAAGAAGGAGGAGAUGGUGAAGACCCUGCAGAACCGGCCGGAGCCCACCGGCUCAGAGUGGGAGCUGAUCCGCAUGCUGACCGAGGCCCACCGCCACACCAACGCACAGGGCUCCCACUGGAAACAGAAACGCAAGUUCCUGCCGGAGGACAUAGGUCAGUCUCCGGUGGCCCCCACGUCGGACGGAGAUAAGGUGGACCUGGAGGCCUUCAGUGAGUUCACCAAGAUUAUCACCCCUGCCAUCACCCGCGUUGUCGACUUUGCCAAAAAACUUCCCAUGUUCUCGGGGCUGCCUUGCGAAGACCAGAUCAUCCUUUUAAAAGGCUGCUGUAUGGAGAUCAUGUCGCUGCGCGCCGCUGUGCGUUACGACGCAGAGAGCGAGACGCUGACCCUGAGUGGCGAGAUGGCGGUCAAGCGGGAGCAGCUGAAGAACGGCGGCCUUGGCGUGGUGUCGGACGCCAUCUUCGACCUGGGCAAGAGCCUGGCGCAGUUCAACCUGGACGACACAGAGGUGGCGCUGCUGCAGGCUGUGCUGCUCAUGAGCUCAGACCGCUCGGGCCUGACGAGCAGUGACAAGAUCGAGAAGUGCCAGGAGACCUACCUGCUAGCGUUUGAACACUACAUCAACUACCGCAAGCACAACAUUCCCCACUUCUGGCCUAAGCUGCUGAUGAAGGUGACGGACCUGCGUAUGAUCGGGGCUUGCCACGCCAGCCGCUUCCUCCACAUGAAGGUGGAGUGUCCAACUGAACUUUUCCCCCCGCUCUUCCUGGAGGUCUUCGAGGACCAGGAAGUUUGAGUGGCGCCCCCCGCUGCCGAAUAGGAAGUAGUGGGGCGACUUGGGGUGUCUUGGGAUAGGAAUGGCUGUUUUUCUGGAGCGGGGAAGGGUUUUGGCAGGACUUGCGUUUCUCCAACAUUUACGUGGUAAACAACAAACAACAGGCAACAACCACACACCAGCAGCAGGAGUCAAACAAACAAUGAUUUUUGCUUUUAACCAACCACCUAUUCAUACCUGUUUUGGGGAAUCAGUUUGGCGGCCCUCCCUGUCUGAGCAGUCUUAUCCAGUGGGAUGUCUUAUCCAGUGGAAGUUGCAGCCCUUUGCCAAGGCGCGCACACACUCACACACACACACACACACUCUGGGUCCCUUCCCAGAGCCCUAUUGGAGGCACCUCAGUUGUCACUCUGUGCCACUAGAUGGUGGUCUUCACAGCUUUGCACCGGUUUGAAAUUAUGGCAGCCAUGUUUUAAACUGGUCCACUAAUUUCAGUCUCAGAAUUAGUGUAAAACAAUAAUUCAGGAGACGCUGUCACUUGCAACAGAGACACACACACAAACAGAGGUCCUGAACGUGUGCCGUAUAGCGCCUACCGUAGAGCAAAGCUACCAGUACCUACUAUCACCUCUGAACGCAACUGAGACAUGCUCAGACUGGAGCGUGAUCAUGUUUUAAACAAGUCAGGUGCUAUAUUUAUAAGUCUACUUCAAUUGUCUGAAAUGUGUAAAACUACAGACCAUGGCUCCGUAUCUACCUUCAGUUCUGUCAUUAGGCCGGUUCCUGUGACUGACACACACACACACACACAGGGCAGACGUGCCUUGUCAUUCCCUGUGCUGCUGGUGCCAGCAGUAGACCCUCUUAUGAAUGACAAUUGAGCCCUGCUCUCUCCAAGGAAAGUCAUCGCAGUGAAGGAAAGAGGGAAAGAGGGAAGGGGCCCACUGACAGGAGGGAGAGUGAAAGAGAAGAGGGGAGGAAUAUGAGUGAGAGAGAGAGAGAGAGAAAGCGAGAGUUAAUCGCAGGCAAGUAGAUUCAGUGGCUGGAGACUGAACAGCAUCCAUGUAGACUCCCACACCCUGUCUGAAUAGCAGUGAACAAGGCAGGGAAGCUCAUGUCUCACACACACACACAUCCUCACCUCAGAAACUCAAAUUCCAUGUUUACUGUACGCACUGCAGUGAUGUAGCCCUGACCUGCAAGGUAAGUUAGUCUGAGUCUGCGCCUGUGUGACUCAGCUCAGUAUGGCCCUUCCAAGCUUCCAUACUCAAUUGUUGUUAGUGUAGCUGUCACUGAGAAAGGGCAAGGCCAAUGACGUCUGCCAUUUACCUCAAAGUGGGCACACCCUCAAGGCUGGGGCGCCGCCAUUGCUCCUGUGCCGACAGGCUCUACCUCACCUCUGGACACAGGGCAGCAGCCCCCAACCUCCUCACCCACCCAUCUACCCACACACACACUCUUAAGAAUACUCAACAAACACACAUAGGUGCAUGUGCAUGGGUGUAAACUCGUAAGCACACAUAUAUUAAGACGAAUCCCACAAACACACAGGACACACAUUCUCAGUACUAUCACUCAGUCGAAUCAAAAUACCACUGAAGACAGGAGGGCCUGCCCUUCCCUAUGGUGAUCUCAUGGGUUUCACUGACUUCUCUCCUCUUUUUCGGGGGAACGGUGGAUGGUAACCAUUACGUUCGGCUUUUCUCUUUUUUGUUAUGUGGGACCAAGUGUCACUUUUCUUAUUUGGAAUCCCUAUUUUUUUCCAGUUAAAACGGAAGUAAAUAAAUCACACAAUGGAGGAAAAUAGAUGUACAGUCCAGCUGUCGCCCUGGAAGAGGAUUGGUUGGAGGAGCGAUACACUGUGAGCAAGCAGAGAACCCCAAGGUUGCCAGGCCGUAGCCGGGCAGGUUUAGCACUGUUUUUGAGGAAAGAAAGUUCAAAGACAACCAAUUUUUAGUGAAUGCUAAGCAGUAGUUUGUGAACGACUGAACGAGGCGGAGGGAGGGAUGAAUGGAUGGAUGCGUUUCAGCAUUCCGGGAGCAUAUGGAGGAAUGCGUGAAGACAUGGAGCGGCGCCGCGAGUGGGAUCAGGAUGGCGGGUACUCAUAGCAGAUGGCCAAGCCUCACUGCAGCAACCUCAACUGCCGUAGGAGGAAUCAACCGGAAAUCAACUGUUACCAGACCUCAGAGCAGCCAGAGCCCCCCCCCCCCAACGCCCCACCCUAGACUGCCACUCCUUCCAGUCUCCCCACCCCCAGCCCUGGCUAAGCCCCUAUAGAGCCUAGCUCUACGUUUCACCAACACCACCACCAAACCCCUCCAGCCAGGCUGGUGUUGUUGUUUUUAACACUACUGCAGUAGUCCCAACCCCUCUCCCCAACCUCAUCAGCAACUAUACAACCCCUAAUCCUCAAACCUAGCCCCAACUCAUCUGUCAGGCAUGCCCCCUCCUCUGGGAGUCCUGGCCUACUCUGUAUAAAAUAGGCCACUGGGACGGGGCUCCCAACCAACCCUGUCACAUUUUCAGUAUUAAACCAACAGCCCUCCUCCCCAACCCUCAUCCACUCUGGGCUGGAGACGUCCCUGGGUGAGCGAGGGAUGGUCCGGGGGUGGCCUGUUUUUCACUCAAACACUCCUCUCAGCACUGGUCUCCAAGUCUACCCAGAUCCAGCGUCAGUACAUACUCCUUCCCCUGCCCUACCACCCAUUCACCCAUUCACCCAACCCAAUGUAGGAGGCCAACGGUAGGUCAGAAAAAUUUACACCAAACGGAAUCCAUGCCUUUCCCUUGUGAGACAAGGCUGGCCAUAACCGCUCACUUAAGGCAGUGUUACCGAAUGAAUGUGAACGGCAAAGCAGCAAUGGGAGCAAGUGAACGAGAGAGCGUAAUAUGGUCCUUCAUAUGGUGUGGGUUAGAGGGGGAUUGCCGCCCGUUGUCAAAGCACCGUUAUGAAGUUGGAGGAGGGGGAGAUGAUCAGAUGGUCUCCCCCUUAACUCCCUCAUUGUGACAUGAGU